CCCCGCGCGGCCUUGCCCGGCCCGCCCAGCCCCGGUGUGGCAGCGGCUCAUGGCGGCGGUGGGGCCCCCGCAGCAGCAGGUGCGGAUGGCCCAUCAGCAGGUCUGGGCGGCGCUCGAAGUGGCGCUCCGGGUGCCCUGCCUCUACAUCAUCGACGCCAUUUUCAACACCUACUACGAUUCCAGCCAAAGCCGGUUCUGCACUGGACUCCAGAUCUUCCUCCGGCUCCUUGGUAUAUUUGUAUCCAGUAUUGUUCUGAUCUUGUCACAGCGAUCACUUUUCAAGUUUUACAUGUACAGCUCAGCCUUUCUAUUAGCUGCGACUUCAGUGUUGGUAAAUUAUUAUGCUGCUUUGCACAUUGACUUCUAUGGUGCCUACAACACAUCAGCUUUUGGAAUUGAGCUGCUUCCUCGAAAAGGGCCCUCGCUGUGGAUGGCACUCAUUGUUCUACAGCUAACAUUUGGAAUUGGAUACAUCACACUACUCCAAAUUCAUUCCAUCUAUUCACAGUUAAUUAUUUUGGAUCUCUUGGUUCCUGUAAUAGGCUUAAUCACAGAACUACCGUUACACAUCCGAGAGACUUUAGUUUUUACUUCUUCCUUGAUUCUCACAUUAAAUACAGUGCUUGUCUUGGCAGUGAAACUUAAGUGGUUUUAUUAUUCCACAAGAUAUGUUUACCUUUUAGUGAGGCACAUGUAUCGAAUUUAUGGGUUACAGUUGUUGAUGGAGGACACUUGGAAGAGGAUCCGCUUCCCAGAUGUCCUGAGAGUCUUCUGGCUGACAAGAGUUACAGCUCAGGCUACAGUGUUAGUGUACAUUUUAAGAAUGGCCAGUGAAGCGGAUUCCUUCUUUCUCUCUUGGGAUGACUUCUGGGACCUCAUUUGCAACCUUAUCAUUAGUGGAUGUGACUCCACACUCACUGUCCUGGGCAUGAGUGCUGUCAUCUCCUCAGUAGCCCACUACUUGGGUCUUGGAAUAUUGGCCUUCAUUGGAUCGACUGAAGAAGACGACAGGCGACUUGGCUUUGUAGCACCUGUUUUAUUUUUCAUUUUGGCUCUUCAGACUGGUUUAAGUGGGCUAAGACCAGAAGAGAGACUUAUUCGCUUAAGCAGAAACAUGUGCCUUUUAUUAACAGCAGUCCUGCAUUUCAUCCAUGGAAUGACAGACCCCGUAUUAAUGUCGCUCAGUGCCUCUCAUGUGUCAUCUUUUCGUAGACAUUUUCCUGUGCUCUUUGUUUCUGCUUGCCUGUUUAUUCUUCCUGUUAUACUCAGUUAUGUUCUUUGGCAUCACUAUGCACUAAAUACAUGGUUAUUUGCAGUUACAGCCUUUUGUGUGGAGCUCUGCUUAAAAGUAAUAGUUUCUCUCACUGUUUAUACGUUAUUCAUGAUUGAUGGCUACUAUAAUGUCCUCUGGGAAAAGCUUGAUGAUUAUGUCUACUAUGUUCGUUCAACAGGCAAUAUUAUUGAAUUUAUAUUUGGAGUAGUAAUGUUUGGAAAUGGGGCUUAUACUAUGAUGUUUGAGUCAGGAAGUAAAAUCCGGGCUUGUAUGAUGUGCUUACAUGCCUAUUUUAACAUCUACUUACAAGCGAAAAAUGGCUGGAAGACAUUCAUGAAUCGUAGAACUGCUGUAAAAAAAAUUAAUUCACUUCCUGAAAUAAGGGGGAGCCGCCUACAAGAAAUAGAUGACGUAUGUGCAAUCUGCUACCAUGAGUUUACAACAUCUGCUCGUAUCACACCAUGUAAUCACUAUUUCCACGCACUUUGCCUUCGGAAAUGGCUGUACAUUCAAGAUACUUGUCCAAUGUGCCAUCAAAAAGUGUACAUUGAAGAUGAUAUCAAGGAUAACACAAAUACAUCUAACAACAAUGGAUUUAUUGCACCCAAUGAAAAUCCAGAGGAAGCUAUACGAGAAGCUGCUGCCGAAUCUGACAGGGAAUUGAAUGAAGAUGACAGUACAGAUUGUGAUGAUGAUGCUCAGAGAGAAAGAAACGGAGUGAUUCAGCACACAGGCACAGCAGCUGAAGAACUGAUUGAUGACGAUACUGAUUAAAAUAGCAUUUACUGAUCAUUGAGGUAUCUGUUUAAAAUUCAGUUCAUCCAGAAUGGAGUAAUCUGCUUCACUUCAGUGUGUAACCAAGCACAAAAACAGUAUCAGUGUUGAAUCUGUGAAUGGUUUUCCGUUUACUGUGAUGUGCUACUGUAAAUAUACCUCUUUAAUUACUUCUGGUCUCUUUGGUGACCUAUUUAAAUUUGUGUACAUUAUUGUACAUAGAAUAAAAUGUUUUCACAUUUUUAUGACAAAUUUGAACAAAUAACUUUUUAAUAGAUGUAAUAAUAUGGUGCGUCAACUGUGCCAAAGAUUCCUCAAUGAAAGUCUGUGAUGUAUCCAACUCGGGACCCUAGUUGUUCUUUAAAAUGGGUGCGAGAGAAUAAAAAUGCAAAUCAGGGGAAACUAUGUUAAAUCAAGGAAAUAAAACAACUUGGACCAGAGGAUAAAUUCUAUAUGUAUGUAGAGUAUUUUGCAAUUAAGGGGAAAAUAGGCUGUCAGAAGUGACUGAGACUUUUUUGACACUUGAGAUUAGCAUUGUAGUUGAGCUGGGUUUCAAAGUAAUGAUUCAGAUCAGAGACUGUGCGAGUUGAGAAGUAAGCUUAUUUAUAGCAGCUAAACUUUGGUAUAAACCAGGAUGUGCUAAUGGUUUUAAUUUUGAUGUAAAAAUCAGUAUAAGCCAUUCUGUCUUUGCAGCAUUGUCAUAACAUUGUCCUUUUAAACUUUUAAAGAGAUUACAAAAUGAAAUACUUUGGGGGGUUUUCAGUAUUUUAAACCAAAAUUAAGUGAUUUUAGAAAAUUCUGAUCUGACUUCAUGGGUGGUAUGCAGUGAUAUGAUACCUCUUUAGACAACUUCCAGAGAGUUCCUUUAUUGAAACUUAAGUUUUAUCAUGAAAUUUUAUAUACAUGGUGGGAAAAUGGGAGACACAUAUCAAUUACAUAUCAGGAAAAAAUAUUUUAAUAGUGUUGUUAUAUAGUGUAUUGGCUAGUUCCAGUGGAUCUUCAUCUCUUACUGCUGACAUUAUCUCCAGGAUUUGACUAAAACAAAACAAAAAUAGAUGGUUAAAUUUCUAAGUAAAUAUUGUUUUAAAGAUAUUUAUCUUUUUUCACAUAAAUGAAAAGAUACUGUUUUAGCAUCUUUAGCAUAAAAAGCCUAACAGUAUGUAUUAAAGUUUUCAGCAGUGUUAACAGAAAAGUUUAACUGCUAGGAUAUUUAAAACAAAGCAAUUAGAAAUAAAUUUCUGGGACAAUCUUGCAUGUAACUAGAGCCAGGAACCAGGUUCAAGUAAAUCAUAAAGCCAGCCCAUAUUAUGUGUCCCACAGUUGUGGAACUAACCAGUGAAAAUAACGAGCCCUUUUAAACUGGGGGUCAUUACACAUUAGUGGGUCACGAUGAACUUUUAAAAAAUUAAAAGUACACUUGCAUUUAGUAAGGGAAAUAGUGUUCCAUUUUUGUUUGGGUUAUAUUUAUAUAUGCAAAUGUGUACCAAGUCACACAGUGUGGUAUUGUGGGGAUAGCAGUCAAGAGUUUGAAAGCCACUGCUUAGAUAACUAGUUGUAAAGGGCAGCAAGAAACUGCCGCAUCAUCAUCAGCACGGGGACAGCAGAGGAAGCUAGAACACGGGACUUGGAAGUGCACUGGGGGUGGGGUGGGGGUGGGGAGAGAGGUGCUUUCUCUUCCUGUAGGUUUUGCCCUGCAACAGAAAGGUGCCCGUCUUUCACUUUCUUUGCCUAGAAUGAUGGUAAUUAUCAGCAGUGUUUUCUAGCAAUAUUGCAUGUAGACAGAAUAUUUCUUAUGCAUGAAUUAGAAAAUUCAGUCAAAUUAAACAUUUAAAUAUU